UGUUCUCCCACUGUCGUACUUGACUGCAGACAUGGCUGACAAGAAACUUCCUGAGUCCGACGCUCCUUUUGCAAGCAGGAUAGACCCGACUAAAGACAAUCUAUCUCGCGAACAAAUGCACUUUAUCAGACAAGUAGAACUCGAGCAGUGGAAGAAGAAAUCAUCUAAGCUUCGUACGCGAAAUAUUGUGACAGGACUCGCCAUUGGAGCGGUCGUGCUGGGAGUCUACGGCUACACGAUGUUUUCAGUGUCCCAGGAACGGAUCAUGGAUGAGAUCGACGAGGAGGCCAAGAGGCUUCAGAGACCAAAGACUGGAGCCAACUGAGGCAGAUGUUGGGUCCGUGCUCGCCCUGCGCUUAACCAGAACAGACGACACCGAUUUGUGUUCUCUGCCUGAACUGGACUUUGUUCUGUCUCGGAGAGAAAUGACGGAAGUUUUUGUUGACUUUAAAAUUUGACGCGUCUUGAUCUUUAUUUGAUUUCCUUUGAGUGGAAGGGACUGAACCGCUGACCUGAGCACGGCUCGAUGCUCCACAGGAGGCUCGGACCGUAGCGUUGCCACCUCUGGUCCUGUUAUUUAUGUUGCAUUGUGAAUUUUUAUUAAACAAACUCGACCUUCUG